UUUUCCCUUUGUUUUACACUCAUCAAUUUAUUUUUAUGUUAAUUUCCCAUAUUUCAGAUUUCCUUUUAUAUAUUCAAAUACCCGACACAAUUACCUUUUACUUAUCAUCAUUUUACUUUGCCCUUUUCCACCCACAUUUUUCCGCCCAUUUUCUCUUGUAUAUAAACCCAAACUUAUUUCCCUAUUUUUAACUCCUUAUCGAGAGACCUCCGUAGUGAGAGACCUUUUCCUAGCCCAUUCCCCAUUGACCACUUGCUUGUAUAUAU